CAGACUGAAAGUAACCAAAACGUAAACUAUGGCAGCCGGUCCGAUUGCUGAAAGAAAUCAAGAUGCCACAAUUUACGUCGGCGGGUUGGACGAUAAAGUGUCCGAAACGCUACUGUGGGAAAUGUUCGUUCAAGCCGGUCCGGUGGUCAACGUUCAUAUGCCGAAAGAUCGUGUGACACAAAUGCACCAAGGUUACGGAUUCGUGGAAUUCUUGGGCGAAGAAGAUGCCGACUACGCAAUUAAAAUUAUGAACAUGAUCAAGUUGUACGGAAAACCGAUUCGUGUGAAUAAGGCUUCUGCUCAUCAGAAGAAUCUGGACGUUGGAGCUAAUAUUUUCAUCGGUAAUCUGGACCCUGAAGUGGACGAGAAAUUGUUGUACGACACAUUUUCUGCAUUUGGAGUUAUUCUGCAAACACCGAAGAUCAUGCGAGAUCCGGAGACAGGAAAUUCGAAGGGCUUUGCGUUCAUUAACUUUGCAAGCUUCGAAGCAUCCGAUGCGGCGAUGGAUGCCAUGAAUGGUCAAUACUUGUGUAAUAGACCAAUUUCAGUGUCGUAUGCUUUCAAGAAAGAUUCGAAGGGCGAACGUCACGGAUCAGCCGCGGAACGUUUGCUGGCUGCUCAAAAUCCGCUUUCGCAUGCCGAUCGUCCUCAUCAGUUGUUCGCAGACGCACCGGUUCCACCACCAAUAAUGCCGAUGAUGCCAUCGCACCCAAUGAUGCCUCCACCACUGAUGGCACCUCCCCCUCCCCCGACACCUGCUGCCGUUCCGCCACCUCCACAAGCUCCAUCUCCGGGACAAUUCAAUGCUGGUGCAAUUCCUCCACCGCCGCUACCGCCUCCAAUUGGUCAACCACCACUUCCACCAUCGGCGCCGAUGGGUAUUCCAGCGCCACCACGGAUGAUUCCUCCGCCACCGUGGCAACAACCGGCUCCGCCACCACCGACACCUCCUUCAGUUCCACCUGCAGCGGUUCCCCGACCACCUCCCCCGAAUUGGCGUCCUCCUCAACCACCGCUACCUCCACAGAUGCCACCUGGAGCAUUCCCUGGGCAGCCUAGAAUGCCACCACCACCCCCAAACACUAAUUUCAGUGCAGAUACGUUUAAUUUUUAAGCUACACUUUGACACUUCGGAAAAUAAACCGGUCAAUGGAA